UCUCUUACAUGGCCCGAGGAACAGGAAUUUCAGUAAAAACAUGUAGGUGAACUACAGGUAUGUAUGUAUAUGUUUAAUCAUUAUGGCGAUUUUAAAAAAUUGUUAAAAUAUCCCCAUUUAAUGUCUUUGUCUCUGCCGCUAUACGAGUAUGUCUUGUGACUUCAUCUGCCCCAGCAUCCCAAUUUGUAUUCCAUUUGUCAUCUUAGAGCAUAUACUGACAGCUUACUUGUGUAUACAUACAGUAGGGAUCAGCAAAUGUUCAUAUCAUUGUAGAAACGUGGAUUACAGGAGACUGAUGCUUUCUGAAUGUGCUAAUGUAUAAACAGUACACAAACCACAAACUGUUGUUAGGGUCAUGUUGAAUAAUUGUCAAUAAAGGUCAAUAUAUGUACUCUGCCUGUCACACGAUCACGGUGCCAAUAUAUAGGGCGCUGGUCCUAUAUGGGAAAGCUGCGGCAUAUUUACCAUAAAAGGGAACCCAAAGAAUAUAUAACCUUUUAUAGAAGCGUUAUUUCAGCGCAAGGGAAAUGUUUCAUGACUAGACGUCUAUUUUUGCCCAGAUUUCCUACUAGUUUCUGAUUAUAAAGCAACUCGUGCCAGAGCAAGCUUACACCUGAGCGAUAGAAAGACAAGAGACUAAAGUAGGUUAUCUAGACUUACAAGGCCAAGUUGGUGUCACAACUCGUUGCCAGAAUGGGUGUCUCACUUAAGCGUUCUCUGCUGGCUUCGUGUAUUUUAGCUGUGUUUUUUAUGAUCGUAACUAGCCAUGCUGAGAUUUUGGAAACCAAGCUCGGUAAAAUUCAAGGAAAGAGAGAAACGAUGAAGGGAAAGGAGAUAGAUGUCUACCUGGGCGUACCAUAUGCAGAACCUCCCCUUGGACAUCUCCGCUUCCGAAAGCCAGUACCCAAAAAGCCAUGGACGCGUACUCUAGCUGCUACUGAGUACGGACCAUCUUGUAUGCAGAUUCUAUUUCCCGGGAUGGCAGACAUGCUACAACACACUGAUGUGUCAGAAGAUUGCCUCAGUCUUAAUGUGUACGUCCCUGUAUCAGAAAAUAAUGCCCCUAGAGCGGUGAUGGUCUGGAUACACGGAGGUGGCUACGCGAUCGGCCAGGGUAUGGCGACCCCCUGCGAAGAAUUGGCUCUGCAUGGUGAUAUUGUAUGCGUCACAAUCAACUACAGACUGACUGUUUUUGGGUUUUUAACAACGCUGGACGAAAAUGCACCAAGCAACAUUGGGCUGUGGGAUCAGCACGAGGCCUUGAAAUGGGUCAAAGAACACAUCUCAACAUUUGGUGGUGACCCAGAAAGUAUAACCAUAUUUGGUGAAUCUGCCGGGGGUUCUAGUGUACAACAUCAGGCAGUGACUAAAUAUAACAUUGGGCUGGUUAAACGUGCCAUCAGCCAGAGUCCGCCGACAUUUAGCAACGGAUUUGCGUUAGCUAGGAAUCCUCUUCUUACAACUAAGAAAAUGGCUCGCAAACUCAAUUGUAACACUUCUGAUAACGAAGAUCUCUCCGACACUCUGAAAUUGGUCAAUUGUCUCCGCCUGGUUUCCGCAGAAGAUCUGAUGAAUAAAACUAGCGAGUUAGUGCAACCAGACCUUACAAAAGAAGAUGUAGAGUUUGAAAUGGCUUUUGCUCCAACAGAAGAUGGAGACUUUGUUCCAUAUGGGAUGAAGGACUAUUUUUCGAUUUCCAAGUCCAAACCCAGUCCAGAAAUGGAUGAGGCAUUCAGUAAAAUCGAUUGGAUGGUGGGAUCUCUUGCUGACGAAGGCAACCUCAUGUUGUACUCAGCCACCAUGCUGCAACAAGCUUUCGAGUUCAACAUAACAUCCGGGAUACCAGCCGAGAUAAUUGACAAAAAUCUAGUUCUUCCGGUGCUGAAAUCAAUGUUUCCAGAUAGUAUAAAAACGGUGCAAAAGCAUAUUCAUGAAAUGUACACACACAAAACUGACCCAAUUGAAAAUACUCUCGCCAUGCGAGAUUUAUUUUCUGAUGCUAUUUUCCACCAGCAUGUUGUAGAAUCAUCCCUGGCCCACUUGAGAUCAAAAACUGACACCCAGAAAUCCGCUACCUAUGCCUACCUCGUCAGUCACGUAUUAAGUGGAAAAAACGCCGUUGACUACUUAAUAGGCUUCAGUCUCCCAUCUUGGACGAGAUGUGCGGCACACGGUGAUGAACUACCUUUACUCUUUGGAACAAAUAUCGUCAAAGAGGGUGUGGAAUUUGAGUGGUCUGAGGAGGACCAAAUUGCUGCUAAUACUGUGAUGACGUUUUGGACCAACUUUGCCAAAACAGGAAAUCCAAAUCAAGGACUUCCCCUAGAGGGCGUGGCAACAUGGGAGGAGUUCACCAAGGACAAGAAAGGCUACAUCAACAUUGGCAUACAAUCUGAGAUGGGAUACGAUUUACUACCAGAGAGGAUGAAGCUGUGGAUGUAUACGAUCCCUGAGGAAAUAGAAAGAGAACGAGCAAUUAAACAAAAGACAGAACUGUAAAUUAGAAAAUUUACGUAUAUCUUGCAGUACAAAAAGAAAAAAAAUAGUAUAUCUCAUAGUUGCGAUCAAACAUGUUCCCGCCCAACGAUAAUUCAAAAUGAUGGAAUGUGAUUUAUUUCGUACAAGAAAAUAAAACUACAUAUGUACACUUCGUAACUCAUAUAAUGAAGGAGAACAAAAUUGACAUUAACUUUUGUAUAAAGAUGAAAAAUGCUUAAUGCCCUGUAGGUUUAUCUUCAGUUUUAAAAUGAAUGUUUAUUUUGACAUAGGUAAUGAAAUAAAAAAUUCCACAUUCACUAUAGGUACAUGUGAAAAUAAUAAGUGUAUGUUAUCUCUUGCGAAAACUUCAAUGAUUAACACUCAUCAUUUUGUUUGUAAAAGACUAGCUUUGUGAAAAAAAAACUUCAUUGGGCAAUGAUAAUAUAUGUUAUAUUAAA